AUCUAUUUUCGCCAUAGCAGUAUAAGAUGUGAUAGUGAUGGGUAUAUUAACUUGUGUUUGUAAAUUCUAAAACGGAAGGUACUUGGGUUUGCGUAAUUACGUUGAACUAUAGAGGUUAUCACAUUUGAUAAAGGCUACAAUUAAGUCAGGGCUAAUAGUUUCGUUUAAUAUAACGAAGUAAACAGUGAAUUAACUCUUGUUAUUAAUUCCUUAAAAUGAAUAUGUAUUGCCAUAAACUUAUUUACCUUAGUUUAUUUAUUACUGCAGUAUUAGCCAGAAAACUAGAUGUUUAUAGUAUAAAUGAAAGUUGGGUAUGCCACAUCAAACAAUCUUGCUUCGACUGUCUGCGUUUACCUCAAUGUUCCUGGUGUCCUGAAGACGAAAUGUGUUUUUCAGCACAUUUGCCUUUAUAUGAAAAUUAUUGUGAAAAACAAAGAAUUAAUCACACGGAUUAUGGAAUGAGUUUUGAAGAUAACGCUGAAUGUGCGUGUUCGGGAGAUAAGAUCAUGAGCGAUUGCCAGCCUCCCGAGAGCACUGGACCCGAAUGUUCCGGACGGGGCUCGUGUGUUUGCGGAAGAUGUUUUUGUGACGAACAACCCGAUCCCGAAAAUCCAAGCAAGACUAUAAUGGGGGACUACUGCGAAUAUGAUAAUUUCUCCUGUAGUGGACCAAAGUGCAACGAAGGACCAUAUUCAAUUCAUGACCUUACAGCAUAUGAAGACAAUGUAACCUCGUCUUGGGGUAACCCGUAAAAGAAUUAAAAUUAGCAACAGAAGUUCUUGAUUUAUAAAUGCUUUAAACGAUCAUGUUCCCUCUCAUUUUAAAUAAAUCGAUAUUUAAUAAUAAA